CUUUAUCCAAAGCAGCAUGGGGACUACUGAGGCCACCCUACGUAUGGAAAACGUGGAUGUGAAAGAAGAAUGGCAGGAUGAAGACUUCCCCAGACCUCUCCCUGAAGAGGCAGGGAUGCAGUCACUGGGUAGCGCAGUUGAAGACGCCCUCUCUCCUCCGAACACGUUAAAUUUUAGUAAUGGGGCUCAUCACAAGCGGAAGACGCUCGUCGCCCCGGAAAUCAACAUUUCCUUGGACCAGAGUGAAGGCUCUCUCCUGUCAGACGAUUUCCUGGACACCCCGGACGACUUGGACAUCAAUGUCGAUGACAUAGAAACGCCCGACGAGACCGAUUCCCUUGAGUUCCUCGGGAACGGGAACGAACUGGAAUGGGAGGACGACACCCCUGUGGCCACAGCCAAAAACAUGCCUGGAGACAGCGCGGACUUAUUUGGAGAUGGAGCCGUGGAAGGGGCCAGUGCCACAAACGGCCGCCUGUGGAGAACGGUCAUCAUUGGGGAGCAGGAACAUCGAAUUGACCUGCAGAUGAUCAAACCAUACAUGAAAGUGGUGACACACGGAGGUUAUUACGGCGAAGGACUCAACGCCAUCAUCGUCUUCGCUGCCUGCUACCUGCCGGACAGCAGCUUGCCAGAUUAUCAUUACAUCAUGGAGAACCUUUUCUUGUAUGUGAUAAGCAGCUUGGAGUUGCUAGUGGCAGAGGAUUAUAUGAUUGUAUACAUGAACGGUGCCACACCACGCCGGAGAAUGCCAGGGAUCGGCUGGUUGAAAAAAUGCUACCAAAUGAUAGACAGAAGGUUGCGGAAGAACCUGAAAGCACUGAUAAUCGUUCACCCGUCGUGGUUCAUUCGAACGGUCCUGGCUAUAUCGAGGCCGUUCAUCAGUGUGAAAUUCAUCAAUAAAAUCCAGUACGUUCACACCUUGGAGGAACUAUCACAGAGCAUCCCCAUGGAACAUGUCCAGAUUCCGGACUGUAUCCUACAGUAUGAAGAAGAGCGGAACAGAGCAAGAAAAGAAAGGUAG